AUGCGCGACAUGCCCUCGAAAUUCGUCGAAAUCCUCGACUUCAAGGAUGCGCACCCGCGCAUCUCUGACUCGGACGUGCGUCUCGAGGACGUCCUGGCCGAUCAUGAAGCCAUCCUCGUCCAAGGUCAGUCUCGACCGAGAACGGGUGGACCGUGCAUCUCCAUCAUCGCCCACCUCGCCUACGUCGCCGUCGCAACGCUGGAAGCGACUGAGCCAGAUCCUCACCGUCACGAGACGACCAGACUGAGUCUGACCGGGAAAAUCAUCCAAGAAAAACAUACAAAAGAGAAGACUGUCGCUAGAGGCCGGCCCCCUUCUUUACCCUCCGAUAGACGACCGCACCGUCCGUCCUUACGACCGCGACUCAACGAAUCACGAUACGAUAACGAUUAUGAAGACAGCUAG